AUGUCACGGAAUCAUCCGAGUUUGAACGAUUGUUUGCAGUCGACACCCCCAGAGCUCAACGAUCUUACAGCCAUACUAGUCAGAUUCAGACUCAAACAGUACGCCGUAGUCACCGACAUAGAGAAGGCUUUUCUUCACAUUGGAUUACACGAAAAUGACCGAGACAUGACGAGAUUUCUUUGGCUUUCAGACCCAACCAAUCCAGAGAGUGCACUAAAGACAUAUCGGUUUAAAUCUGUACUUUUUGGCGCGGUAUGUUCUCCAUUCAUUUUGAACGCAACACUCUUGAAACAUCUACAGAGAAAAGCAAAUACAUGGGUCAGUAAUAGACUACAGAGUGACUUAUAUGUAGACAACUUCUUAUCCAGCCUUGACAAAGAAACAGAUGUCAUCAGUUACUUCCAUCAAUCACGUGAUCUCAUGUCAGAAGCAGGAUUCACACUUAGGUCAUGGAAUUCUAACAGUCACAAACUGAGAGAUACAGCGAGACAACUUAACAUUCUAGACAAAGACGAAGUUACCAAACUAUUAGGAUUGCGCUGGGAACCAGAGACAGAUAUCAUGACAUACCCAGAAAGACCAAUAGAGACAACCGCAAUUACAACCAAGAGAUACAUACUGCAGAGCACAUCCCGGAUUUACGAUCCACUUGGUUUUCUAACCUCAAUUACAGUGAAAGCCAAGAUACUACUUCAAGAUAUUUGGAAAGACAAGUUCGAUUGGAUCACAAUGCUACCAAGAUCCUACCAACAGAGGUGGUUACAGAUAGCAACAGACUUGAACACAGCAAUGAAAACCCAAUUCCAGAGAUAUUACUUUGCCGAAACAGACGACAAUCAAGAUGCAGCAGACGACACAAAACUUCAUAUAUUCGUCGACGCAAGCACUCAGUCUUACGAUGCAACAGCUUAUAUUUGCAGAAGAAAUCACUCAUCAUUAGUAAUGGCUAAGAACAGAGUCGCACCAUUUAAACCCCUCCUACCAAAACUUGAACUUAUGGCGGCUGUCAUAGGAGCUCGACUUUCCCAACAUCUACGAAAAGCACUAGGAAUAGACAAGAUAGAUUACUGGUCAGAUAGCCAGAUUGUUUUACACUGGUUGAGUAACCCGGAAAAAACCAACCGAUUUAUACGGAGACGAGUUGAAGAAAUAAAAAAUCAGACCGGAACCGGAAGUUGGCGAUAUUGUCCCACACAGAACAAUCCCGCAGAUCUACUUAUCCGUGGAAUAUCGGCAAGCCAAUACCAAGACAACAAACUAUGGUUUACAGGUCCGCCUUGGUUAACCGAUGAGAUAAACUGGCCAAAAUGUAAAGUUCGAGACACCACUGUGCUAUCUAAAAUACAACCCGAAGAUGACCAGCAUACCCGUAUUUCGCGACAACCAACACCCCAGAUUCCAGAUACUAUUGACGUAAGCAGAUUCAACAAUCUUCAGAAGCUAUUUCGAGUUACGGCCUACGUCCGGAGAUUUAUUGACAACUGUAGAACACAACACCAAGAUAGAUUGGUUGAUGCUAUCACAGUUACGGAGCUAAGAGAAGCAGAAAUGAACUUGAUUCGACAGUGUCAGUCUACAGUCUACAAUGAAGUUAUUGAGAAACUUCGAUCUGGAAAAUCACGACUACCGCUGGUACGACAAUUACGACUUUACAUUGAUAGAGAAGGCUACAUCAGAUGUGGAGGUCGUAUACACAAUGCACCCCUUAAUGAAUACACCCGAUUUCCCAUCUUAUUACCAGCGAAACACCCACUUACGCGACUUAUCGUACUUGAUGCACACCAGAAACAGCUGCAUUCGGGGAUCAGUGCAACUAUAUGCCACUUACGACAACGUUAUUGGAUACAGACGAUACGACAAUGUGUCAAAUCUCUACUACGGAGAUGUAUAACAUGUCGGAAGAUCAACUCACCACCUUACAGUGCUCCAGACCCACCACCGUUACCAGCUUACAGAGUAGAAAGUUCGCCACCAUUUACUACCACAGGGGUCGACUACAGUGGUGCGCUGUUUGUGAAGUCAGAAACCGGAUUAGAAUCGAAGGCUUACGUGUGUUUGUUUACCUGUGCAGCUACCAGAGCUAUUCACCUUGAACUUGUGCAUGACCUCACCGAAAAUUCAUUUAUACAAGCCUUUAGACGCUUUGUCAGCAGACGUUCACUACCUAGAAUGAUCAUAUCAGACAACGCUGCAACAUUCCACGCAGCAUCUAACACAUUGAAGACCAUGUUCCAGACCCAAACCUUGAGAAAUCAUAUAAACAGAUCCGGAACCGAGUGGAAAUUCAUUCCAACUCGAGCACCAUGGUUUGGAGGAUGGUGGGAGAGAAUGGUUGGGCUCGUAAAGACAUCCCUAAAGAAAGUGUUAGGUCGAGCAUUCGUUACCUUUGAGGCGUUACAGACGACACUUACUGAGGUAGAAGCUAUCCUCAACGACAGACCUCUCACAUACGUCAUAUCAGAAAACACAGAUCCAGAGCCGAUUACUCCAUCACACUUAUUAACUGGACGGAGAAUUACAGCGAUAUCAGAUGCGACAGAUCCUAGCACCAUAAUCCGCAAUCAACAAAUAAUAACCAAACGAGUUCGAGUCCAGCAUGAGCUGAUUCAUCGUUGGUGGGCGAGAUUGAAGUCAGAUUACGUCACAUCACUACGUGAACGUCAUACACAAAGUGGUCGCAACGAGCAGACGAUACGUAUUGGAGAUGUCGUGCAGGUGCACGAUGACAGUUCUCGGUUGCUGUGGAAACUGGCUGUGGAGGAACUUGUACCCGGACGAGACGGGCUGAUCAGGGCAGCAAAAAUCCGUACCGGAAGUGGGCAUACCAUCAGACCAAUUGUGAGACUUUACCCUUUGAAGAUCAAUGAAAACGAGAGACUUUAA